UGCUGUCUGCUGGCUUCCUGUUCAGGCCCCGCUGUGGUUUGCAUGAUUCGGAGGCGAUGAUGACAAAGUGUCAGAGAACAGAAAACUCAGUUUAGGUGGAGCUGGACCUUUACGAUCAACCAAAGUAGACCGGACUGAAAGAUGCGCCCUUACUGUGUGCUUCUACACAUUUUUGCUGCUCUACUCUUGUGUGAUUAUGGGAUGUUCUCCACACCAUCACCAUCUCCUUCAGAGAUGUCCACCACUGCAAUAUCAGCCACAUCCGACUCUAACACUGUGACGACAACAGAAUCAAUAACUGUCGGGAAUGACUCGAGCUUGUUAGAGACUGGCUUAGAGGAUGAAGGGUCCAUUGAUUUAAAUGAUACAGCUGAGAGCAGUGGAGACUCUUCUGACAAUGAAUCUAAAAGUCUGAAUGGAAGUGUCAGUGGAGUGAUCUCUUCAACUACACAUCCAGCGAGCACCACGCUCAACGCGAAGCACCUUACUACUGAAGACAAAAAAGCUGCUCUACUCUUGUGUGAUUAUGGGAUGUUCUCCACACCAUCACCAUCUCCUUCAGAGAUGUCCACCACUGCAAUAUCAGCCACAUCCGACUCUAACACUGUGACGACAACAGAAUCAAUAACUGUCGGGAAUGACUCGAGCUUGUUAGAGACUGGCUUAGAGGAUGAAGGGUCCAUUGAUUUAAAUGAUACAGCUGAGAGCAGUGGAGACUCUUCUGACAAUGAAUCUAAAAGUCUGAAUGGAAGUGUCAGUGGAGUGAUCUCUUCAACUACACAUCCAGCGAGCACCACGCUCAACGCGAAGCACCUUACUACUGAAGACAAAAAAGAUUCAGAAUCGGUGACAGGAGGUAUCAUCAUUUUGAUCAUCAUCCUGAUCCUGAUCUGUUUUCUGCUUGGCAUUUUAUAUAUUCUGAGAAAGAAAGCAAGGAGUUACUCAUUUGAUUUGACUCGUAUCGAUGGACUUGGCAAUGAUUAUGACACCCCGCUCAGGAGCGACCAACAAGGCCUAAGCUAUGAACAAACCAACAAAGAUCUGUCUGUGACUUUAAAUUACAUCCAAGAAGACAAGGCUGAGGAAAAGACUAAUCCGAUAGCAAAUGGGUCUGCAGGAGAGAAAACUGAACAAACACCGACCAAUGAAAAUGAUGAGCAGAAUGUUCCAGAAGAGAACAGUUUCUCUUCAAACUCGAGCUUGUCUACGCCAGUGAAGAAAGUGGAGUUUAACCUGGACUUGGAUCUGCUUGGAAGUGAAUUUGAAUUAAGUGCUGAGACCGAAGCUGAAGCCACAGAUGCGGAGCAAAAUGAAAACAACAAUAACGUCAGUAAUGCUGGGCGAGGAACAGCAGAAGAGAUCUUCACUGAAAUCAGUCUAGACGAGCCAAAGGAGCAUGCAUAGCGUGUGUUUCCCAUGCAACAAUCAAGAUCUCUGGUCUUUGGUACCUAGAUUCAACUCUAUCUGUUCAAGAUGCCUUGAUCCGGACUAUAUGAGUGCUAAAGCGUCCUUUUGACAUUCUCACUUCAAGUGCUGUUUCAUCUACUGUUAAAAGAGAUUGUAUACUGUACAUAAAAAAAGAACAUUGAAUCAUUAAAGUUUAUGUAAAAAAUGUUAGCAUACAAAUGUUGUAUAAAAUAAUUUGUGGCUGUAAUAAACGUUCACUGCACUUGUGUGUGUGUGUGUUUUGGACUGAUGCUCUCUGUUAAAGGGACAGUUCGCCCACAAAUGAAAAUUAAGUCAUCGUUUACUCACCCUUGUGUCCUUCUAAUGCCAUAUGCCCAU